AUGGAACUCAACCGAGAACAUUUUCGCGCCAUAAUUUAUUACAACUUUCAGAGACAAUUAUCGCAACAAGAAUGCCUUGCUGAGUUACUGUCUGUUUUCGGCAACGAAGCGCCACAUCAGUCGACAAUUUCCCGUUGGUAUGGAGAAUUCAAACCUGGACGGGUGAGUCUUAGCGACGAUCCCAGGGUGGGUGCACCAAAAACGGCAGUCACGCAGAAAAACGUCGAUGCUGUGCGCAAACUCAUCAUUGAAUAUAGACAUGUGACAUAUCGCGAGAUUGAGACGUCCUUGAAGAUCUCAAAGACCUCAAUUCAAAAAAUGUUACAUGAAGAAUUAGGAGUAAAAAAAAUAGUUUCACGUUGGAUACCCCACCUGUUGACUGAAGAGCAGAAAGCAGCCAGGUCGGCUGUUUGGGUGUUCCAAGCUGAAGAAAAGCCAACAAAAGUCAUCCGUUCUCGAAGUGCUUCGAAAAAGAUGGUUGCGACAUUUGUGUCAAAAGCGGAUCAUAUUGGAACAAUUCUUCUUAAUGAGGAAAGAACUGUUACUGCGUAUUGGUAUACCACCAUUUGUUUGCCAAAAGUCAUCCCCGAGCUUCGAAAAAUCAACCCCGAAAGAAGAAUCAUCCUCCACCAAGACAAUGCAAGCUCGCACACAGCCCAAAAAACAAGGCAGUAUUUAACGGAAGAAAACUUGGAAUUAUUGGACCAUCCUCCAUAUAGUCCCGAUCUAAGUCCUAACGAUUUCUUUACUUUCCCGAAAAUUAAAAACAGACUGCUUGGUCAAAGGUUCCAGUCACUAGAAGAAGCAGUUGACGCAUUCAAAAAUGCCGUUUUGGAUCUGCCAGCAAACGAGUGGAAUAAGUGCUUCGAAAAUUGGUUCGAGCGCAUGCAGAUGUGUAUUAAUCUUCUAUCAGGACUAAUGAUUUAG